AUGAUACUGCAGAGAAUCAGUAAAGAUUACUUAAAGCCCAAUUAUGGACUUGUCUUACUCAUAGUGUCUUAUUUUUUCAACUCUUCUAUGGUAGUUUCUACCAAAGUCUUGGAGAGUGACCCAUUAGAAACCUCACAAUCACGGAUCAACCCUUUACAGAUUCUGCUAGUGAGAAUGUCCAUUACCUACUGCUGUACUCUAGCAUAUAUGCGUUGGAAUAAACAAAAUAUUCCAGACAUUCCAUGGGGUGCACCCUCAUGUAGGAAAUGGUUGAUACUUAGAGGUAUUAUGGGAUUUUUUGGUGUUUUUGGAAUGUACUUCUCCCUAAUGUAUCUAAGUAUUAGUGAUGCUGUUUUAAUUACUUUUAUGUCACCCACGUUAACCAUUUUCCUUUCGUUUUUAUUGCUGGGUGAGCCUUUUAGUAAGUUUGAAGCCUUGGGAUCUUUAAUUUCAUUUUCUGGCGUUGUGUUGAUUAUUCGACCUACGUUUCUGUUUGGGCAACAAAGUCAAGACCAGGAAUCUUCACAAAAUGAUAGCGUUGAAACUAAGAACCCGAAAUUAAGACUCAUUGCCAUCGGAGUGAGUUUAUUGGGGGUUUGCGGACUGAGUAGUGUUUACAUUAUCAUUAGACAUAUCGGGAACAAGGCACAUGCUAUCAUGAGUGUCAGUUACUUCUCGUUAGUCACUACUGUCGUGGCUGCUCUUGGUGUGAUGCUAAUUCCCGCACUUACUCUGCAGCUGCCCCACUCAUGGAAACAGUGGGGGCUAUUCCUGAAUUUAGGGAUAUCCGGUUUCAUUCAUCAAAUAUUAUUAACGAUGGGAAUUCAAAGAGAGCGUGCGGGCAGGGGCUCAUUAAUGACGUAUACUCAAGUUAUAUAUGCUGUUUUCUGGGAUGUCGUACUAUUUCAUCACUGGCCAAAUAUGUGGACGUGGUGUGGUAUGGCGGUGAUCGUUAGUUCUACUAUAUGGGUGAUUAAUAUGAGAGCCUCUAAGCAAAACAUUGUAGCCACUACUGAAUUACUUUCAACAUCGGACUUUGAAUUAGAUGAGUUGGAAGACUGA